AUGGAUCAACUCAAGGGUGCCUACGAUAGCUUCACUGGAGGAAAUCGCCAACAAGAUGGUCAAGCACCUGCCGAAGGUCAACAGGGAAGCUCGAGUGGCGGUGGUGGCCUUCUAGGAGGCUUAGGCGACAAGAUCAACUCAGCCGCCGGUGGUGGUCGCGAGAGUGAGAAAAACGAAGACUACUUGGACAAGGGUGUCGAUUUUGUCCAAGAGAAAUUCCUCGGUCAAGGACCUCAAGACAAUGAGAGUGCAGUGGAGCAAGCCAAAGAUGAACAAAUCAGUGAUUUCAUUCGAACACAAUACAAGUCAACCACUGGCAAGGACUUCUUCAUCAAGGACAAGGACACAAAGUUGGGCUAG